AUGCAAUCCGACGUUGAGACAUGUGAUGUCGCCAUCGUUGGCGGAGGCUGGUACGGGCUGAUCGCCGCGCACACCUACCGACAGCUCGCACCACAGUCGAAAGUGGUGCUGCUGGACGACGGCGCCACCAUCGGCGGUGUGUGGAGCAAAGAGCGCAUCUACCCCAACCUAUUCGCCCAGGUCGGCCACGGCCUCUUCGAAUACUCGUUCUACCCCAUGUCCAAGGAGGGCCUCACCAAAGACCGCUACAUCUCGGGCGAGACGAUCCACCGGUACCUCAACAACUUUGCGCGCGACUAUGGCUUGCUGCCGCUCAUCCGACUGAACACGCGGGUUGCUAGGAUCGAGCGUGCAGAUGGCGGCGAGGCCAAGUGGCGGCUGUCGCUGCGGACGAGGGGUGCGAGCUAUCGGACGGGUGAUUACCAGCUGGAGGCGGCCAAGGUGAUACAGGCCAGUGGCGUGACGUCGGAGAAGUAUGUGCCAGAUUUCCCACGGGAGCGCUUCAGCAAGCCGAUCAUUCAUUCGGGGGAGCUGGGUGUGAUGGCGAACGAUCUGGGUGCGGAGGAGACGAAGAGGAUUGUGGUGCUCGGUGCGGCCAAAUCGGCGUACGAUACGGUCUUUCACCUGCUAAAGGAGGGGAAGAAGGUGGAUUGGGUGAUCCGAGAAGACGGUACGGGCCCGUUGGCCAUCUCCCCUCCGACACAAAUCUUCGGCUUGUUCAACAGUGUGGAUCUGUUGGGGACGAGGAUGGUGGCUGCCAUGAGUCCGGCAAUCCUCAACACCAAAGGAUUCUGGUACUGGUUCUUGCAGCGAUCGAACAUGGGGCGCGCACUCACGCACCGGUUCUGGAGAUACCUGACGCAGACGUGCGAGGUGGCUGCUGGGUAUGAUGACUCGGAGACGAUGAAGAAGCUGGAGCCUGUGCCGUUCAAAUACGGCAUCUUCUGGGCCAACUCGGGUCUCGGCCUAGCUAGCGUGCCCAACUUCUGGAAGACGCUUCACGAAGGAGAUCUGCAAGUGCAUCGGACCUCCAUUACAUCUUUCGUGGACGACCAGGUGGUGCUCAAAGACGGGCAGCGGCUGCCGACCGAUUUUGUCAUCCUCUGCACAGGUUGGAAACAUAAUCUCUCGGUGUACGAUGACCAGCUGCAAAGCACAUUAGGCCUACCUUCGAAGGCCGGGGAAGACGCCUCUUGGACGACGUACGACAAGCGGGCCAACUCGAAAGUUGACGAGCUUCUUCCAAACCUUCAGUCCAUCCCGCACGAAACUUACGAGAACCCAGCGAAUCGCGAGACGCGGCCGUGGCGUCUGUAUCGCCGACUUGUCUCGCCCCAGUUGGCUGACAAGGCCGAUCGGUCGAUUGUCUUCCUUGGACAGAUCCAUUCAGUAUACACGCCACUCGUGUCCGAGAUGCAGUCGCUCUGGAGCUGCGCGUACCUGCUGGGCGAGCUGCCAACACCAUCAGUCGAGGGCAUGCGCGAAGAGAUCUCGCUGUGGAACGCCUGGACCGCCAAGCGAUACCUCGCGCAGGGCCGUAAGCAUGCUUACUCGAUCUACGACUUCCUCGCCUAUGUUGACACGCUAGCGCGCGACCUCGGCGUCCGCGUCAACCGCAAAAGCAACCCCAUCUCAGAAAUGCUGGCGACGUAUCGUCCCAGGGAUUAUCGUGGGCUGAUUGAUGAAUAUCGCGCCGUGCGAGCAAAGCGUCAAGCUACUGCGGCUGCUCAAUCCAGUCAGGUUGAGAAGACAACCAAGGCGGCCAGUGUUGCAGGUACGACAGAGGCGCGCUCCUAUGCUCUGGUCAGUUUGCUGCAGGACCACUUUCAGAAGUUGAAGCCAGUCUACACGCUUUUGCUGGGGUUUGUGGUGUUGGUGAUCGCGUUGAUGCUAUAG